ACGAGCUUUGCGGCAGUCGAGCUCGCUGAAACAACGGCGAAAGCCUGAAAACGCCUUACCGUGCUUAUUUAACUUACAGACUUGUAUAUUUAAAAUAUAUUUUUAUUAUACUUUUCUAAAUUUGACGUAAUACGUGAGGAAGGAACAAAAAUGGAAGCACCUGAAGGAGGAGCACCAGGGGGUUUGGCGCCACAGGAGCCAGAAGUGGGGCCUGAUGGGGAAAUUAUCGGGGGGCCACGUACUCCGCAACAAAUCGCCGCACAGAAGCGUUUACAGCAGACUAGAGCACAAGUAGACGAGGUGGUGGACAUAAUGAAGACAAACGUAGAAAAGGUCCUUGACAGAGAUGCCAAGUUGUCAGAACUUGACGACAGAGCAGAGGCUUUGCAACAAGGGGCAUCACAAUUUGAACAACAAGCAAAGAGUCUGAAGAAUAAAUUUUGGUUACAAAAUCUUAAGAUGAUGAUAAUAAUGGGUGUCAUUGGAAUCGUAAUAAUAGGUCUUCUGUUUGUUCGGUACCGCGGCACACCGACUAUGAGUGAUGGAACACCUCCUGCGCCGACCAAUGCCACUCUUACAGCUAUUACUAAAAAUUGAAAAUACAUGUAAUAAUUUAUUCAUCGCAUCCGUUGGGUUCCACUUCAAAUGAGAAGAAUGUAAAAUUAUACUUACUUACUCUUUAACUUAUGGUUUAUAAUAUAUUAAAUAUUAUAUAUGUCGGCCUACUUUGAAAUAAAUAAAUGGGGGUAAAUAAUAAUUAUAUAAAUAGCGAUAUACUGUAGAAUUUAGAAUAAAUUAUUUAACAGAUCUGAAUAUAAUAAUCUUAACGGUUUUUAAUGUAAUUACUAAUUAAUUACUACUAUAGUGAAUGUAGUUAAUUUUAACGAAAACAUAAAAUACCAAACGAAGAUAUGCAUUUUGGUUUAAUUUAAAUUAAUGAUGUGUAAAUUUUAAAUAAUGUAAUAUUUGUAAGUCAUUCCCUGUAUGUACGAGUAUACAAUGUUCUUAUACCUAAUGGCCUAAUGGAAAGUAUAUAGAUGGUAAGAGAAGAAAUUUAUUAUUUUUUAAUUAAAACUAUAGAACUCACGACAAGCUCGGCUGUCUAAAUUUCUUUGCGUGCCUUGAACUAGAUUCUACUAUUUAGAAUCCUAAAUUCUACUAUUAUAGUAUUUUAUUUAUAUGGCAAGACAAUUCUAUAGGUAUUUUACAGUCUUGCCUGAAGUAAUAAUUUUAUUACGUACGCUUAGUCGCAGUGUUAUGAGAUACUGAUCUGUGAAGUAUAUUAUGAUAUUGUAACUCAAUUAUGUCAUUGAGAUCUUCCAAAUGUAGUGGAAUCUAUCUGAUAAUGUAGGAUAGUAAUGAAAUAAUAACACGAAUCUUACACAUACACUUGUUGUUUUUUGUAAAAUAAGUAGAAUUUUCUCAUUGUUUUUAAUAUCUAAAACACCAAUAAUGUAACAGCAAUAGUAGUUCAAUGGAAUUGAGCAAGUAAUAUAUUAAAAGUUUAAAGUAUAUAUUUACAAUUUAAUAAUAAUAAAUAGGAUCAGUUUAGUUAUGAAAAUAUUCAUUUUAAGCUAAAAUUAACCGAUUAUGUAUUUUAAUUUAUUAAUAGACCGAAUACUUUUUAGAACUUUAUAUUAUAUUAAGUAUAUGCAUAUUAUUAUAUAUUUUUAAUUAAGGUAUUUACUUCCAUUUUUACCACCCUCUUGCUCACAAAUUACUAAUAUUUUAUUAUGGUAUUUGCACACUGUAGCGUCUUGAAGUCAAUUAUUUGCAUUAGAUAGUUAAAUAAUAUUGAAAUUGGCUCGGCCCACAUGAUCGGUAAUUCAUCGAAAUAUCAAAUUAAAUUCGUUCAUAAAUUAAUACUUGUGUCAAUCGAUUACUUUUACUACUAUAAUAGAUGUUUUUUUUAUCAAUACUGCGGUAAUCGUUUAUGUUUUCGAUUAUGUGAUCGGGCUUCUCAAGUCAAUUAUGUAGCAAAACAUGCAAUAAACGAUCUAUAUUGCCAUACUAGUUUAGUGCUUAUUAUAAAGAAUAUCUUCUUUAUUUACAAUUUGCUAGUUUGUAAUGUCAAUGUAGAUUACUGGUAAUCACUAGUCGCCUGAAAAGAGCGUAAUUGGUACUGUGUGUACUUACAUUUUUUAUGCGCUUAUGUGCCACCAUAAUAAUUUGCAAGAGGUACAUUUAGUGCCAAAUAAUUAACCCCCUUACAUAUAAAACAGAGCUAUUUGGUAGUUAUUGUCUCAAACAAUAUUUCUUCUUAUAAAAAAGUACGAUAGCUGCUCAUUAGGAAAUUACCAAUUUAUAAUUAAAGGUCAUUUCUGUACAAAAAAAGGGUUAUCUGCUUAUUUAUUAGUAACCAAAAAUGUAUUUAUUGUUUACAAAAUAUGGGGUUAAUGAUAAAUUUAUAUAAAAUAAGCCCCCUUAUUCAUAAAAAUCAGUAGUACUGGGUAAUCAAGAAUUAAUUUAAUGUUUAAUAAAUUUAUUAUUAAAAUUAAUAUAUUUAAUUUAAUUUUUUAUAUAUAAGUAAGGGUUUUAAUAUAAAUUAUUUUUAUAUAAAAAUUAACCUCAUUAUAUAUAAUAACCCUCAUACUAGGUAAUAAAUAGUCAAUUGGAUAUUUAAUGUUAAUAAAUGAAUUCACAUAUUAACUAGUGAUGGAAUAUUUUUUUUAUAUAAAUAUGAGAGAGUAUAAGUAAGGGGGAUAAUUAUUUACAUUUUUCACUGAAUACACGCUUUUAGUUUGAUUUUAUAAGUUAUAGUAGUGAUUUAAUUAUAAUUCAUAUUAGAUUAUAAAAAUUGUAAGUGACUACAGGAGAUAAAUAUAUGGUGCCAUUGACAAUAUUAGUUCUUUUAUAACUAUGAAGGUAUAUGGUGUGAUAAGAGAAAUGUGAAUUUAAAUGUGUAAUUAUGGAAAAAUUCGAUUGUACGACGUUGUGCUUUCAGCUUUUGCCCUUUUAAAUUAUAAAUAUAAAUCCUAUUAAAAUAUUAUAUUACUAUCUGAUUUAUAUAAUAAUAAAAUAAUUUAUAUGUAUAAAAUUAAUUAUAUGUAUUUAUUCCAAUUAUAAUGUUUUAUGUUUUAAUGCACGAUGUGAUCCGAUAAUAAUAAUUUUAUCAAGUGUUGCCCCAAUUAAAAUUAAUACUUUGCUUUCAUGUGAUUUAUUAAAAACAAUAUAAUAAAAAGAUAUACAUAUUUCAAUUCAACGAAUAAUAUUUCUUAAUAUAU